AUGCUCCUGGUGGCAUUUGGGUUUCUCAGACCUUGGGUAAUCAUUAUAGAUUCCCGGCUCAAGACGAAGUUACAUUCAUUGGUGCCAUUGCACCUCAAUACAUUCGCUCUGCUCAAUUAUACCUGGUCACACGUGAAGUUGGAUCAAGAGAAAAGACAAGUCUCGGAUGUCGACGUAUAUGAUUGGUAUGCAAAUCAAGUGGAAGAUAUAAAGAGCUACAUAAAUGCUGCAUUCCGUGCUCACAGGAACAAUGAAGCCUAUUUAUUCAUGAAACAUGAGUAUGUGCUAGUGAAUUAUGCUCCAAGAUCAACAAAUGACAAGAUUAUCAAUGGUCCACUUUUUAUUUGUGAUGGCUAUCGAUCUCUUGUUGGCACAGCAUUUGGAGAAUAUGGCAUAGAUUGUGCAUUUGAUACCGAUGGCACUGAAGCUUUCACCUUCUCGGGGAAACUUUGUGCCUACAUAGACUAUGCUCCGGGAUCCACAAAUGACAAAAUACUCCAAGGUCCAAUGAUAAUCACCAUGUUUCCCUUCUUCAAGGGUACGGUUUUUGAGAAUGGCAUAGAUGCUGCAUUUAGGGCAACUGCAACUAAUGAAGCUUACUUAUUCAAAGGCGACCAGUAUGCUCUUAUAAACUAUAAUUCCAAGACCCAAUUUGCCAUUCGUCACAUUAACCAAGGCUUUUAUAGUUUAAAAGGAACUAUCUUUGAAAGUGGAAUAGAAGCGGCUUUUGCAUCUCACAGGACAGAUGAAGCUUACAUUUUUAAAGGAGACCAAUAUGCACUUAUCAAUUAUGCCCCAGGUUCAACUAAAGACUAUAUAAUUGAUGGCGUGAAGAAAAUCAUUGACCAUUGGCCCUCUCUUAGGCCAAUAUUGCCUCGUAACAAUCAUGGGCUUGAUGAACAUAAUCAUCACGAUCAAGAACAUGACAACCGAGACCAAGAUCUUGAAGAAGCUGAGGAUACACUUAUAUCAUGGUUUUGCAUUAUGUGUGCUAUUUGGAUAUGAGUUCUGUUAAUAAGCCACAUGUUCUUGGACUGAAGAGAACUCAGUCAAACCAUUUUGCAAGAAUUCCCUCUAUAAAUGUUCUAGGAUGGAGCUUUGUGCAAAUUUCUUCAAUCACCUUUCUUUAACCAGUUCAUGGUUGGUGUCGAUAGCCUCCUCUUGCAGUCAUGCUUGACAAAACCUUGCAGGGAGAUUGGGGAUAUUUUGCAAGUUUGGUCUACCUCUCUCUUAGGUCCUUAGAUAUCAUGUGGCACUAUUAUGCUGUAACUUUUUAUGUUUUGGUAUGUGUUGCGUAGGGUCGUGUCAUGUUGUCAUUUUGGUUGAUGUUUUCAUAGUUGUACUUUUUCAUGUUUAAAACAGGUGAAUUGUGUGGCU